UAUUUUGGCACUGCUGAAUGGCCUGUUAUCUGAGCUCUACAGUGAUUCACUUGACCUUAAUAAAGUCUGAGGAAGUAAAUUGGGGAAACGCUAAUGAGGAAAUUCUUCAACAAAGAUAUUCUGAGAAUAGUUUUUAAAAUCUCCACCAAGGUAAACUGAACUGUGACUACAAAUGCAUGAAUAUUUAACAAGGUAAUCGCUGAGUCAGUUUCUGAUUGGUAGUCUGUUGCUAAACAACUCGCUGAUACAUUUUAGCAACCACGUCGAUUACUGUACACCUUUAGCAUGUUAAUUCGGGCUUAAAUUAUGACCACAGGUUAAAAGCGGCGAGAACGCAUUGGUGGCCUUAACCCGGUAUUUAAAAAGACGUUAUCACAGGGUUAUAAGUGUACUAUCAAAAGCGCUGCUCUAAAUAGUGCAACGCAAGAAUGAAGAGAUACCUGCAACACCUGAGCGCAGGGUACACAGUGUACGUCAUGCGUGAGGGGCGGGGCUUAUGAUAUCUCCCAAACAGUUACACUCAGGAGCCAGAGCGGCGCACGGCAAACAUCAAGCGGGCUACAACGAACGAACUUUUUAUCCCGGUUGCUUUAACUGAGAAUGUCUUUGGGUGACCAGCAGUGGUAUCCCACUAGCGUUCAGGUAACGGUGCUCAAAGCGCGAAACCUGCGGAUCAAGGGCAAAAAUGGCACGAACGACUCCUAUGCCAUCAUGCAGGUGGGCAAGGACAAGUUUUCCACGUCGGUCGCGGAGAAAUGCGUCUCUCCCGAAUGGAAGGAGGAGGCGACCUUCGAUCUGCCGCCGAACUAUCAGGGGGACGCGGAGCGGUGCACGCUCUACAUCAUCGCCAUGCACCGAGCCCUGGUGGGGCUGGACAAGUUUUUGGGACAGGCUGUCAUCAACUUAGUGGACCUCCACGCCAACAGAUCACGCAAAAAGACCGACUGGUAUAAGCUGGUGGAUAAGAACGGGAAACAGGAGAAGGACCGAGGGGAAGUUCUUUUGGACAUUCAGUUCAUGCGGAAUAACCUGACAGCCAGCAUGUUUGACCUCUCCAUGGCAGACAAACCUCGCUCUGGCAUUGGCAAACUCAAGGAUAAAAUUCGUGGUAAGAAGAAGGAAGGCCUGUCAGAUUCUGCCUCUGCGAUCGUGCCUUCUUCAGUGGGAACAGACAGUGAAGGGGAAGGAGAGGGCGGUUCAGACAAUCCUAAGAAGAAAUCAAAACUCAAAUCCUUGUUUGGACCGAAGACAAACCUCCAAAGGAAUGUGUCCCAGUCGAUGUCAACGCUGGGCACCCUGCCUGAGAAGAACAGUUCACUCAGCAGCAGCAGAUCAUCCGGCCUUAAUGUGGACUCUCCUGAUGUGAAAAAGAAGUUUAAAAUACCGGGACACAAGCGCACUGAGAGCUCAGAUAGCAAAGUGUCUCUUGGCCCCUUUUCUCUUCUGAGCCGCUCUAAACAAAACAUCCAGGAGCAGAAUAACCUCUGUAUAAACGGCAGCCACGUUUAUGCAGAGGAGCAAGAACCUAAAGCUAAUUUUGGCUCCACACUCAGUCUGAACAUCUCAGGAAAGGGUUCAGUAGAGGAUGUUCGUAAAUACCACCAACGAAAUACGUCCGACAUCUCCAUCGACUCACUUAAAGGCCUGAGUAUCCCCUCAUACAAGCCUGAAGUGCAAGACAAAGCUUCUCUUGUCCCACAGCGCCCUCUAGAGGACAGGAGACAUGUAGAGGUGGAGGAGAAGGGUAAGAAACCCGAAGGAAGAAGCCUGCAAGAGAUGCUGGACCGACAGGAAGAACAAGAGCAAAGGAAGCAGCAAGAACGGGAGAGAAAACAAGAGGAAGAGAGGAAAAGCGGGCUUGAAGAGCAGGAGAGGAAGCGCAAGGAAGAGGAAGAGCUGCAGAGGAAGCGGCGUGAGGAGGAGACGCAGCGAGCCGAGGAUCAGCGGCACCAGGAGGAGACCAGAGUAACCGAACGGCUCUCUUCUCUCUUUGGCAUUGGAAAGAAGGAGGACAAGAGAGAGGAAGCUAUGAAUGAACCCAAACGUCUAGAUGUGCCGUCCUCUACAAACCCAUUUGAAGACAUUCCCCUCACCCCGGAUACUCCAUCCUCUAUCCCAGAAGAGAGGCCCACGGACCCACGGAGGGGUGUCAGGACCACCUUCACCCCAACGCCACCCGCCAGUGCUUUCCCCAGCCGCACAGCAAAAGUGUCCGCGGUCAAGCCAAGAUUGGCUUUGAGUGUACUGCCUGAAACCGAUAAUAGCCAUUCCCAAUCCCCCUCAGACUCUAUAGACACCCAGACCACUUCUCACCUUUCCCCAUCCCUCUCUACUGAUCCGUUUGAGUCUUUUGGUAUGUUUUCUGAUCUUCAUUCUUCUCUGGCACCUGCUAAACCUCCGAGAACUUUCAGUGAGUUAAGUGAGUCCAGCAUGGAAAACCUCUCAGCUCCCAAAUCUGACAAGAAGCGAAAGGCUCCUCUACCUCCUGGUAAUCUUGGGGGCUCGUCUAAGACUGAAAACCAUCCUGAUAAUGGGGGACAAGCGCAUACCCAAAAAGAUAGGCCUGUUCUUCCUCUCCCAGACUAUGAAACCCUCUAUCCUAAGAAGAGGCAUGGGGUGAUGGGUCAAACACGUUGGGACCAUCUUGUUGCAGAGGUAAACCAAAGAAACUGGGAUUUCUCGGAAGAAAUUAAUGUAGAUGGACCUGAGAGGCCAGUGCCAAAUAAAUCUGCGAUCUUAAAGGACAGAACCUCUGUGAACCUUAACCAGCACCAAAGAAAUCAUGAGGCACCUCCCCCUGCCCCCGCAAGGCACAAAGAGGCAUUCCUUCCACCCAAAGCUCCUGCGACACCAGAACCAUCGGUCGAGACUAAUGUCCAAUAUGGUCAUAUCAAAGAGUCUUUAUAUGCCACUGUCAAUAAGCCUAGAAACUCUGCUUCCAAGAACUUGGAAAACAAUCCACCUCCCGCUGUCCAUAGUAGACAUGCACCUCAGGAGAUGGAAAGGAAGUCUCCGACUCCGGAUGCCAUUACCCAUCAACUCUCCCUGUCAAAAGAGAAGCCUACACCAGCUGCUAGAUCCAUACAAAAUAUACAUUCAAAGACUGAUGAUGUGGCUAAAGAGAUGCCUUCAGUCAUACCCAGGCAACAGUCAUUAGUCAAGGACCCAGUCAGACAAGUCCAACCAGACAAGCAGGUAACCAAUCAACCCAUGACAUCAGAAAACAACAAAACUGAGAAACCACACAAGGGCCAGAAUGGAAGCAUUUCCACAGAUGGGUUUGUUGACGUAGACCUCCUCAAAGCUGCUGAAAGUCCAGAAGAACUGCAUUUGGGGAAACCGGCUAUUGAACCUGAGGGGAAGGGAAUGAUUGCUCUCGAUCCAUUCCCAAAUGAUAACCUGCUAUCUAAAGAUCCAUGGGCUUUACCAGAGCAGACCACCAAUGAAGAUGACCUGUUCACUAGGGGCCCAAAGCAAAUAGGAAAUCUUGAAGAUCAGACAUCAACCUUUGAUAAGAAAGAUAACAAGCCUGCAAACAAAGGUACAAAUGAUCCAUUCACAAACCUUUCAGAGAAAAGCAAAUCACCGAAAUCAGAGAGUGGAAAACAAUCACCCAGCUUCACUGAACAAGCCAGAGCCUCAUUUCAAAGAAAUUUUUCGCUUAGAAAGAAAAAUUCAUCUCGCCAAUACUCAACUACUGGAAAAGCUGGUACAGAGAAUACAAGUCUGGCUAGAUCAGUUUCUCAGUCUUCACAAGAUGCCGAAGAUGUUGAGCUGACUGUAACCAGUGUUGCUCCACCAAGCAGAACUGAUCCCACCGUAGUAACAUCUGAAUCCCCUAUAGGGGGCAAGAUGACUCUUCGCGCUUGGGUCUCGCCAUCAGAGGCUCAGCCAGUUGCUCUGCAGAAUGGUAGUGGAAGUGCAGUUUCUAAUUCAAGAAGGCCUCACCCAGUGAAACCCAUGAGCACCGAGAGCCAGUCUUCCAGUGUUAUCGCUGUGGGGAAAGACCCGAAGACUAUCACCAUCAAGGAAAUGGCUGAGAUGUCAAAGAAUGUAGAUAGCGGUCCGUACACUCAGCUCACACAGGAGGAACUGAUCACACUGGUGGUAAAGCAACAGGCCGAACUCUCCAAAAAAGAUGCCAGGAUCCUGGAGUUAGAGGACUAUAUUGAUAACCUGCUAGUUCGCGUCAUGGAGGAGAAACCAGCCAUCCUGCUUUCACUUCAAUCCAAGUGUUAGGGUUUAAUCCUAACAUCUGAAUAACCGUGCCCAGAUCACUAUACUGAGACGCUUCAAUAUUGUAGGAUUUGGCUGAUACAGCCAGAAGGAUUGUGAAAGCAAUAUCACAUCUCAUAAUCAGUUGAUUUGCUUGAGUAUAUGUAACGCAUGUAGAGUUGUUGGCAUAUGUGCAUUCUGAUUUCAUCACCAAUAUCAUACAAAUAACUUUAUUUUUUACAGCGUGGAUAUGUAUAGUAUAUCAAAGCCUACAAGAAUUCUGCAGUCUGUCAGAUCACCCUUAACUGGAUGCUGGGGUGUUGUUUUUUUUGUUUUGUUGGAUCAUGGUACAAUCUCCUCCUGAGAAGCUCCCCAACAACAAACACAUCGUAUUUAUUGAUCAUCUUAGUUUUCUGUGCAUCUUUCCAUUUAAGAGAGGGCUUCUUAAUGCAUUAUUUAUUGCAGUCUUAAGCUUGUAUUUGAAGAUUUUCCUUCUUCCUGAAGUGAUUUGUGUUUAGAUCCUGACUGCUGCCUUGAGUCUUGAUCAGAACGCUUCAUUAGUGUUAAUGCGGCCUUGUGUCUGUUGGGGCUCAAAUCAAGGUAAUAAUCCUCUUACUUUUUAGAAAUGUAGACAAUAAGCACUUUUUACUUGAACGGGGUGUUUCAUUUAUGAAGGAUAGUGUUUUUAUAUUAAGUAAUUAUCUAAAAUACCCUGUAGAAUUACCUCUAAUGAAGAAUUCUUUUUCUUGCCUGUUACGCACACUUCUGCAUAUGUAAAGCUCUGCUGGUGUUCGAACACUGGGUAUAGAAUUCAUUUUUAUUUCCCUGGUCAAUAUUGACUACAUAUUUAAAUGUUUCUUUUUGUCAGCUGUUGAAUCAGCCGAAAUAGUUUAUGCUACAUGUCAAACUGCAUGUUUGUUUUAUAUUGUAGCGAUUUUGACCAAGGAUUAUUAAGCGUUCUUUGAAGCGCAAUGUACAUACUGUGACAUUCUGCGGUUCUGUAACGAACAAGCAAUAACUGUCUGCAGGAUUUCGUUUCCUGAAUGUCAGGUAAUCGGUACUUUCGGUGUUGUUGAGAGCUUGUCUGUUGUGAAACCAAAGAGCUGUGAUGUAAAUCUGAAGUCUUACCCUACAGGACUCAAAACCUACUUCCCAUUCCCUGUUCCAUUGUUCUUCUUCUCAUGUUUUUAAUCAGUGAGUAAACAUUUUUGUUUAACCACUUAAAUGCCUAUGGGGAGAGAAUGGUCCAUCUGACAAGGAUGGAGGAAUAAACUGUAUGUCUUGUA